AAUCUCACAAAAAAAUAUAACCUAACUCAAAAACUCAACCUCAAAGAAAAUUUGAGUUGAGUUUUCUGAAGAUAAUAAUCAUUCAAUUAAUUAACGAAUUAACCCAGUGAAGUGUUAUUUAAAACGAAACUGCUCCAAAUGUAGAUAAUAAUCAUUCAAAAGUUUUAGUGUGCAAUGCAUGUUCAACAAACGUAGAAUCAUUAUUUUUUGAGCACCGAGUAAGGCAGGCCUAGCCCUAGCCCUAUUUGUCUAUGGAUGAAAAUAGUGAUAAACCUACGGCUUCGGCCCUCAAAGACAAAAUAUCCUACAAUAUGAAAGCUGGUCUGUUCCUGACAUCGGUGGCUGGCGCUGCAGGUUGUGCCGCCUUUGGAGCUACUCUAAUGUCAGCCAGGAGAGAGGAUCCUUCCAGUUUUAAUAAGGGGAUGAUCAGCACGAGAGAGCUGCCAGAAUCAGGAGUGCAAUUGGCCGCGAGAGCUCUCAAAUGGGGCUCUGUCUACGCUGUGUGUGGGGUCAGUGCUACAUGCGCUGGGAUAUGGCUCCUCUCUGGUGCCAAGAAUAUGGCUGAGUUCAGAGAUAAAAUGGGAUCAAUUCUUCCGAGAAUCCCAAAAAAUAAUCCCCCUCAGAGCAGAACAGAGUUUGAAGGACUGACGGAUUUAAUGAAUUACAUUAUUCACGAUUAUUCGGGGGGGAAAUUGCCAAAGAAUAAAGAUGGGUAAAUAACUUAGCAUUAUGUUUUAAACACUUGUUAUGUUGUUUAUUUUUUGUAAAUAGUCUUUUGUUGAAAAUAAAAAGUUAUCUCUGUUGUUA